UCGGAAAGAAAAAAGUGCAUGAUUUUUUACUUAUGUGAACACCACUUUUUUAUAAAGGCUGUAAUCUUUUAGAGCGGACAGUGAUGAAAAUUUUGAAAGAAUAAUUCUAAAUCUUUUUGAUGUGUUUAGACAGUCACAACAUGUGGAGAAUUUUGAAGAUUUGAAAAAAUGUUCCAAGCUUGCAAAGCAAUACUUAAAAAAGGAAGUAAACAAUGCAGUGGAGAAAAGUGAAAAUUCGAUCUCAAGAACAGAAUUCUGGAAAGAAGCUCUAAAAGAGCUCUCCAGGUUUAAAAAGAAAACACUUGAGCCCGCAAAAUCAUGGAAAAACAAAUUGGCUGUCAAGACAGGAUUGAAAGCUAACGCUAUUGUUAAACGAGAUGAUUAUGGACACAAGAUGGAGUGCCACAAUACGUUUGCCAUCUUUCCCUUCCUAGUUUUUAUUCAAUCGUUUACAACUGUGGUUGUAACUGUUAUCAAUAAUAACAACAACAACAACAAUAAUAAUAAUAACAACAACAAUAAUAACAACAACAACAAUAACAACAACAACAACAUGAACGGGCGGAGGAGGAAAAGGUCUACCGAGUUUGGAUGGGAGGACGCACAAUCCAACCCAAGAAUAAUGAGCGGCAAAAAACAAGAAAUUCUAUCGACAGCCCCCGGUGCAUAUUCCUCGGCGAUCAAAUCUCCAUAUCAGCAGUCGCAUUCCAGCCACGUGUCUGGUCAAAAUUUCCCGCCAAAAACACAGACUCAAAAAUUCUUUCAGCAGUAUGUUGCACAAGGUUCACCACCGGUACAUUCAACCAAUAGGGGUCAGGACUUUCAAAGGUUUUUACAUACUGGAGUUCCACGGACAGAAAGAAUUGAUAUUGAGGAUGAAUUUAAUCCGUCUGGGCACCUGGACUUUCAACCCCAGUUCCAGAGCAUUCCAUCCUUUUCCAAACCUAUAGUAUUCAGGGACAAAUUAACAAACCCUCUUGAAUAUGAGGAGAGAAAAGAAGACUGGGUUGGGAAACUAAAUGUUAGGUUUCCUGGGACAACAACAGCACAAGCUGACCCUUCCAGCCAGUCAUUGACAGCUGACCUGUCCAAACCAAACCUCUGGCCCGGACUGACCUCUAUAAACUCCAAACCUAUUCUUCAACCUCUAGGUGCACAUGGGAACCUGGUCCCUGCCCCCAGUCUUAAUAUUGAAGAAAUAGAAAGCCCAGCAAAUUCAGAUGUAUCUUCACUGUAUAAAAAUAAUCCAGACUGGUACAUUUUCAAACCUGUCACUACUCCGACCAAUGAGAAGACGAGUUUGCCUCCUGUACUAAUUCCAACCAAUCAUGAGGCGGUUAAAAUAUUAGAUAGAGAACCACUUCAACCAGAAGCUGAUAUUACUGAAACAGUAGAAACAGAUACAACUGCUGCUGAAAGAUUAGCAGAAGAAGCCGUUAACUCGGAAGGAUUAGUCGAAAGUGUUAGAAUAAAUCUAGCAGAACUAGAGGAGUAUGGUUUCAGAAGAUCUACAGAGACAACAACAGAUAACUCUGUUCCUACCACUACAUCAUUCUUUAGAGAUAUGGAAGAAGAAAGACUUAUACUGUUCCAAGCCAAACUUGAUUCGAUGAUUCAGAAUGAAAAGAAAGCAGAAAAUCUGUUUGAAAGAGUUCAGGAAGACAGGUUUGACAGUACAGAUCUUUUUGGGACCAGUUUUGAUAAUGUGGAUCGUAGAACUGAAUAUGGCUCUGAAAAUAUCUUUUAUAAUGUUGAAACAGAUAAUCUUACAUCCGGAACAAGUGGAGAUGUUCCUGAUGAUGGAAGUGUAUAUAAUUCUAAAGCUGUUUCUGAUAAUUCAAGUGAAACGGAUUCUGAAAGUAUUCCUGAAGAUUCAAGUGAAACUGAUUCUAAAACUGUUGCUGAUGAAGCAAGUGAUGAAACUUUUCAUGAUCAUAUAAGUGAUCUUGAGUCUGAAAUUAUUUUUAAUGAUGAAAGUGAGCAUGAGUCUAAAACUACUUCUGAUGAUGAAAAUGUUGAUUCUGAAGUACAGGCUCAUAAUGCUGAUUUUCCCUUUGGUGACUUAACUGUACAAGCAAAUGGAGAAAAUGAUGUAGUACAAAGUUUAGAUGAUACUCCUGAAAGCAAGGACGACUCAAUCAAUGUGAACUUUGUUGAUGAUGGUGUUAAUAAAGACGUAAAUGAAUUUGAAGAAGAACUUAUGGAUGAUGAUGUGAUUGACAGCCUGUCUUAUCAAAUUUCUAUAAUAGACGAACCAUCUCGCAAAAUAAUAAUCUCUCCAAAUCAUAUUUCAAAUGAUCACCGAUCAGCUGAUCAUAAAAUAGAGAUUAAUGAUCGAAGCAUUGAUCUGAUAGCUCCAGUUGAAAACAGUGAAGAUGUAAACCAUGAUCAAGAUUAUUCUGAGAUUAAAGAGAUUGAUGAAACUAGUCCUGAGAUUAAAACUGGGAUUGUAGAGACUAUAGUUCCGAUCCCGGAAGAUGAGGAACUAAAAGAACUUGAAUCAUAUUUCCUGCUUCUUAACUCUGCUGUUGACCAGCUUACUGAAGUUAAAAAUCAAAAUCCUGAAUAUUCAGAAAUGGAUCCUGAUACUAGUUUUCACGAGGAAACAAAUCCAAAUGAAGGGGAACCUUCUGCCAAUAUUAGCGUUGAAAUCUCCAAAUCUGGUGAUGUUUCACAAUCCAUUUUUCAAGAUGAAACAAAUCUUAGAAAUUCACAAGUAAACAAAGAUUUCUACGAGAUAUAUAAUGAUGAUAUUACUGAGAAUGAUGAAGGUAAAGAAAAUCAAAAUACUUCUGAAGAUCAAGGGAGUUUAGAAAGAUUUCUAUUAAAUUACAGAGACAAUAAUAGUUUUGAAAAUAAUAAAAGUUUUGAAAAAGUAGAAAGUGAUGUUGAAGGAAAGAAUAUUGAUGAAGGGCUUGAAGAGGAGAAAAAAAUUAAUGAAUUUGAACAGAAGGAAUAUCAUAGCAAAGGAGUACUUGAACAGGAGAGAGCUGAAGGCACUGGUGGAUUUGAACAGAAGGAAUAUCAUAGCAAAGGAGUAUUUGAACAGGAGAGAGCUGAAGGCACUGGUGGAUUUGAACAGAAGGAAUAUAAAAGCAAAGGAGUAUUUGAACAGGAGAAAGCUGAAGGCACUGGUGGAUUUGAACAGAAGGAAUAUGUAAGCAAAGGAGUAUUUGAACAGGAGAAAGCUGAAAGCAAUGUAGGAUUUGAACAGAAGGAAUAUAAAAGCAAAGAAGUAUUUGAACAGGAGAAAGCUGAAGGCAAUGGAGGAUUUGAACAGAAGGAAUAUAAAAGCAAAGGAGUAUUUGAACAGGAGAAAGCUGAAAGCAAUGUAGGAUUCGAACAGAAGGAAUAUCAAAGCAAAGAAGUAUUUGAACAGGAGAAAGCUGAAGGCAAUUUAGUAUUUGAAAAGGAAAAAAUAAUUGAAAAUUUUGAACAAGGGGAAAGAAAUAUAAGUUCUGAAUAUUUUGUUUCUAAACAAGAAGAAAAUAUUGAACAAUUGGAGCAGGAGGAAUUCAUUAGUGAUGAUUUUGAACAGAGUUCUGAAAGUUUUCUAGAGAAUUCAACAGAUGCAUUUGAAAAUAUCCUUCCAAGCUUAGAAAUUCAAGAAAAUUUUGUUAGUAAUAGCUCUCUUCUAACAGAAAAACAAAAUAGCUCAUUUGAUGCAGAUAACCAAAGUGGCUCCCUGAUGACAGAUAAACAAAAUGACUCCUUCUUAGUAAACAAACAAAAUGGCUCACUUCUGACAGAUAAUCAAAAUGGUUCCUUCCUGACAGAGAAACAAAAUGGCUCCCUCAUGGCAGAAAAACAAAAUGGCUCCCUCCUGGCAGAAAAACAAAAUGGCUCCCUCAUGGCAGAUGAAGAAAUCAGCGGGUCCCAUGAUGAGGAAAGGUUAAAGAGAAAGGUCGACCUUUCAAAUCAUCUGCUUAAUCUUCAAUAUUCAAAUAAACACAUUGAACCUUUGUUCAGAAAUAGAAAAAGUUCAAGAGAACCUAAACAAGAGUCAGAACAUGAGCCAGCCAUGAAUUCAGAUUUUAGUAUUCAGGCUCUACCUCUACACUCCUCAUCUACACUCCAUACAUUAGGAAGGACUACUGAAUAUGGAGAGGGGUUCACUUCUCAGAAUUAUGAUUCAGCCGAAGAUAAAAAUAAAUUAGAAAAUCCAAGAGAUGAUAACUUUGAAGUUAUCAACAUAGACGACAACGAAGGACUGUUUACUGAAAUCACGAAUAAAUCUGAAGAUUCUCCAGAACAGACCCAGAUGGAUUUAAGCACAUUUUUUGAAGAUCUUUCUAACAGUGAAAAUAAGGAAGAGGUUUACCUUGGCUCCUUUACCUCAGAAGAAGAAAAAGAGGAAAAUGUUAAAACCGGUUUUCCGACUUUCUCGGAAUCAUCGCAGAUUUUAUCUGAUGAGGGUUCAACGGAAUCUCCGGAAGUUUUAUCCGAAUCUACGUAUUUUUCUACCGAGUUUCCUGAAGUGUUUACUGGGGUUCCGGAUUUUUUUACAGAAGCCCCAGAUUUUUGGGCUGAAACUACGGAAGUUUCAACGGAAUCUCCAGAGAUAUCUACGGAAUCUCUGGCAGAAAUGAUAACACAAAUGAUAAGCACGGAAUCUCCCGAAGUAGUUAUGGAGGAUGAAAAAGUUGAGAACGGAGAAAUUUUCACAACUAUUUCUGAUCUAGUUGAAGAUACCACUGCAUAUACAAUAGAAAAUUUACCACAAAAACCAAGAUUACCUGGAAAAUAUCCCGGAAGUAAAAGUACAACAACAAAACCAACCAGGUUACUCUAAAUUCUAU